CGGAAGUGUUGAGGCUGUUGAUUGGCAGGUGGGAUGCAGGGAUGUCAUGCUGCUGAGCCCUGAGCUGUCAUGAUGCUGAAGGUGGCGGGUGGGUUUCUGCUGAUGGUCCUGCUGGCACUGGCCCUGGGCAAGUACAGCUCAUCUGGACGCCGGGCACAGUUACAGCGCCGCCAUGAGGGGGACAGAGGACCUGCACCUGGGAAGGACCUGGACAACAUCUUCUGGGCUGUGCAGAUUACAGAUAUCCACAUCAGUAUGUUCUUGGAUCCCACCCGGUCCUCGGAGUUUGAAACAUUCUGCAAAGAGAGCCUUCCUGUCAUCAGUCCUGCCCUUGUACUAGCUACAGGGGACUUAACAGAUGCCAAAACCAAGGAUAAGCUGGGCUCAGAUCAGUUUGAAGUUGAGUGGCAAAUUUAUCAAUCUGCUGUGAAGAAAUCCCAGAUUUUGGAGAAUACCAAGUGGAUUGAUAUACGUGGGAACCAUGAUUCCUUUAACAUUGCUGAACUGACCAGUUUGAAAAACUACUACAGGAAAUAUUCUUCAUGGCAGAAAGAAGGUUCAUUUCAUUAUGUCCAUCGCACGCCAUUUGGGAAUUACUCAUUUAUAUGUGUAGAUGCCACACUCAACCCAGGACCCAAGAGACCGUACAACUUCUUUGGCAUCAUAGAUACGCAACAAAUGCACAAGCUUUCCAUGCUGGCAAUGGAGAGUGUCCACAGCAAUCAAUCAGUGUGGUUUGGCCAUUAUCCAACCUCUACCAUUGUCUCUUCUUCUCCCGGUAUCCGGUCUGUCAUGAGUUCAGCUGUGGCUUAUAUGUGUGGUCACCUGCACAACCUGGGUGGUCUUGCUCCAGCCUUGCACAGUCAGCACCAAAAGGGGACAUUGGAGUUGGAGCUUGGAGAUUGGAAGAUUAACAGAAGGUACCGCAUUUUUGCCUUUGACCAUGACUUGUUCAGCUUUAUAGAUAUGACAUAUGAGGAGUGGCCAGCGAUCCUCAUUACCAAUCCCAAAUCACUUCUCUAUUCAAACGCUGCUCAGGAACCUUUAAAAAGAAUUGGACGUUCUACGCACAUAAGAGUUCUGGCAUUCUCCACACACCCUAUCACCUCUGUCAAGGUCAGCAUUGACAAAGUCAUGAUGGGGGAAGCUGGCCAUGUAUCAGGACCUCUGUACAUCUUAGAAUGGAAUCCUGCAGACUACCACACUGGAAUUCAUGAGAUCAAGGUUCAAGUUGAAGAUGCAGCUGACCACCGCCAAACCAGGAGCCAUUUGUUCAGUUUGGAAGAUGAUGUGUCCCUUAGCUUCAAAUGGUUCCCCACUUUUAUCCUCCUUGUUGAUCAUUAUGUGUUGGGACAAGCAUUGUUUAUUCUGGCUGUUCUGGGUCAGCUCCUUUUGCUGCUAAUUUUCAGAUGUAAGAAAAGACCAAUUCUCAAGGGGCCUCCAGGUUUUUUUUCACUGACCUCCUUCUCCAUGCAUGUUAUGGCAAAAACCAACACGUUCUUUUAUCCUGCCUUUCUGCUCAUCUUGUAUACGGCACUAGGACCCUGGUUUAUCGGUGAGAUUAUAGAUGGUCAUGUAGGCGCUUGCUUUGCGUUUGGAGUAAUAGUCAAUGGACAUUUUCUUCAAGGGAGCCUGACAUAUAUAGUUGGAAUAAUGCAGAUGGCGUUCUUUAACGUCCCUAUGAUGGCUUACAUGUGUUGGUGUCUGCUGGUGCGUUGCAGAGGGCAAGGCUUCUCUUCUCACUUGCGAUACAGCAGGAAGAUUGUAUCGCUGCCCAUCCAUUUUGUGAUGUUUCUUCUGUUUGCAUGGCAAGUCUAUUCCUGCGUCUUCCUCAUGUUAACAUACGGGAGUUUGGCAGUGUUCCUAUCACCGAUGAAGCUGUGGCUUGUAGUAGCUGUGUUGUUCCUGUACAGGAAAUUAUGGAUGUUCAAUUCCCCUCAACUGAAAGCUUAUGCAAUUGAACUUAAGAGCUGUCAAAGCUCUAGACUGUAAUUCUGAAUGUUUGCACCUUUUCAUUUUUGGUGGUUGUUCCUGAUGAACUGAAAAAUUUAAUAUAAUUUUGUAUAAAUGUGUCUAAACGUAUCACUACAAUCGAAGUGUCCACAUAUCACACUUAAAUCCCUCAUAUCCUACAAAUGGAUAUAUCCAUACACUGAAGAAUUGUAGCUAUUCGAGGUAUCCAUUACUUUUUCCAUUUACCUGAGGGAAGCAAUUGUCCCUUUUGUCCAACGUAGGAUUUACCAUAAACCAAGGUAGUAUUUGUCUUACAAUUACUUUUCACUGCAUUGGAAUUUCAAAUAAAUUCCAACACAUUUUUUUAUGAACAUUUCGUAAAGAUUUAAUCUUUAUGAAAAUGCUCUAAACUUUUGGGCGGGUGACAGUGCUGCGCCAACAAUGUUGGGGGCAAACCAGUAAUGCCAGAUCAGAGCAAUUUCUUCCAUCCUAAAAUAAAGCGUCACUUGGAACUUAAUGAAGUUACUUUUAACCGAAAGUUUUACCGCAAACUGCAAUCACCAUAGCUCUCGAAUACUGGACCUGUCGUAGACAUACAGAAUAAUAAUAGUACACAUGGCUCUCCACAGCCAGAGGUGGUUUACUUUCUGUAUUCUUCAUCAGCCUCCAGCUUUACUAAUCUGUUCCAAUGCAGUAUCACCCUUAAUUAUUUAAAGUGGACCUGUGGUUUAUUUUUUGUUUAUUUCUUUCCUUUCCUUAUACUCCCUGUAUCUUAAUGAUUAUACUCCCCAUGCCACUAGUCUUGUUUAGACGUAUCGUUUCUUUCUUGUGCUGGAUAUCAAUACCCGGGAGCAGCCAUUUUAUUCGCUUUCAUGUGAUUGAUUUUACUGAUGGAUUCUGGGUAAAUUUGAUUGGCAACAGAAACAAAACCUUGUUUUAAGCUUUGCCUAUGGUCAAGUUUAAUCAACCUGACUGCUAUACACAAGGAAAAGUAGUCCCUACUUUUUAUUCAUGUAGCGCUCCGGAAAUAGAGGUUUAGGAACAGGGAGCAACAUAGAAACGGCUUAGAUGAAGUUUGUAUUUGGCGAUAGAGCUGCUUUAAUUAAAGUAAAGAUUCUUCAUGGAUUUGGAUCAGCCAUGUCGUCAGCAACUGUGAGUCCCACGUUAUUUUUUUUCUUGUUUUGUUUAAAUAAUACAUACUUGCAGGAAUUCUGUCACUUCACAAAAUAUAUAGACGAGUCAACUUCAGGCAAGUAUAAAUGUAAUCUAUGCUGUGGUCUGGAGAGAUAUCAGCAUCUAGUCUGUCAACGUGGCAAUCUCACCAGAAUACUGCAUAGAUUACAUUGAUUAUCUGACGCUACCUUACGAUUAACAUAUAUAUUUAUAUCAAAUGGCGUAUACUUUGCGAAAGAUGGCCGCCAGCUAUCCCCCAUUUUCGAUAAUCCUCAUUAGUUAUUUCUGUGCCAAGAGGCUCUGCACUGUAAGUGUACCAAUAAGUACACAAAAUAAAAUAACUUUAAUUGUAUAUAUUUGCAAGCUGUUGGGAUAGCACAAAGGAUGGAUUAAAUGUGC